UCAGCUAAAAUUUGAUAAUAUUAAAAUGUUAAACAAACGAAAGAGUGUUUUGAAUUUGAAGAUGAAAUUAUUCAUUGUUUUGUGUUUUAUUACUUUGGAGAUCUGUGCUUCGCCUGGCAGCUCCCCUAAUCGCAAACAUAAAAGUGGGAACGUCAUAUCGGCUUCACAGCCUUUUUUCCCAGUAUCAUCCUUAAGUGGAAAGAUUAGAGAGAUGACAACAGACAUUGGCAUUGAAAAUAUUGGUAAAGCUGCAAGCGAAUACAAUGGCACUACAUGGAUGGAAAGAUGCUGUGGCAUGAAAAUUCCAAACUAUUCAAAAGUGUUCAAAAGAUUUAAUGGACCCCCAGUGAAUCCUCAAGACGAAGGUUUUUUUUCUUUCUUAAAUCCCAUUAUUGAACGAGUAAAUAGUGUAAUAGAUGAUUUCGAUGCAGUUUAUCCGGACCACUAUCUCCUGCGCUUAGUUUAUGAUGAUAUUGGCGCACUUGAACAAAUUGGAGAUGAGUUAAGGCAACGCUGCGAUAACAAUCCAGAAAUGUCGAAUAUUGCAAAAGAGUUUAUUCAGAGAGUUUGCAUCGAUAUACACACAACAAUUUGCAAGUUAAAGGGCGCAGAUGGUCCACAUGAACCGGUUGUUGUUCAUCAACUGGGUUAUGAUGAUCAAUAAUGCAAUUUAACGCACUCAAUAUCCCGAGUUUUUCUUGAAACGGCCUCCAUUUUUUCAUAAUUGAUUUUAUUUUAUCUUAUAUCGGAGGAGCAAAUUAUAAACUGAGAGUAAAAAUAAAAAUUUUCAUUGUUUCAAACCAUA